AUGACGGUGCAGCGCGACGAGCGCGACGCGCGCGCGCCCCGUACGCGCUUCAUGAUCACGGAUAUAUUGGACGCGCCCCCCAGGGACCUCAGCGCGCACAGGGACUCCGACUCCGACAGGUCCGCCACUGACUCACCAGGAGUAAAAGAUGACUCAGACGACGUGUCGAGCAAAAGUUGCGGAGGAGACUCGUCAGGGCUGGUCAAGAAGCAGAGGAAAGCGAGGACCGCCUUCACAGACCACCAGCUACAGACAUUAGAGAAGUCUUUCGAAAGACAGAAGUACCUGAGCGUCCAGGACCGAAUGGAGCUCGCAGCGAAACUAGGACUAACAGAUACACAGGUCAAAACCUGGUAUCAAAAUAGAAGGACAAAAUGGAAACGACAAACAGCGGUAGGAUUGGAACUGCUAGCUGAAGCGGGCAACUACGCAGCCUUCCAGCGGCUGUAUGGCGGGUACUGGCCUGGAGUACCAGCGUAUCCAGCGCAGCCUGCUCCUGCGGCCGCUGACCUGUACUACAGGCAAGCUGCUGCAACCGCUGCAGCGGCUGCAUCGGCCAGUGCUAACACGCUACAGAAGCCUUUGCCGUACCGGUUAUACCCCGGUGCGCCGUUAGGAGGCGUCCCACCUUUGGGAUUGGGCUUGCCAGGACCAUCGGCACACCUGGGCUCAUUAGGUGCACCGGCGCUGGGUGCGUUGGGCUACUACGCGCAUGCGCGUCGAACACCUUCACCAGACCUCGAUCCUGGUAGCCCUGCACCGCCGCACCGCUCACCCCCUGACACACCUGCAGACAGGCGCUCUGAUGAUGAAGACGACGAUGAACCCAUCCACGUAUAA